AUGGGACGAUACGGACCUCAGAUAAGUCCAGAUCUCACUCCAUAUGAUUUUUACCUUCUUUUUCAUUGUCCCGAAUAUUUUUCUUUCUCUUCCUCCUGUUCUUUCUCCUCCUCUUUUCUUUUCUUUUGCUUCUUCUUCUUCUUCUUUUUUCUCGUCUUUCCCUCCUUUUUUCUUUCUUUCUUUUUUUAUGUCUAUCUUCUCUCUUUUCUGUCUAUUUCUACUGCCUUUAUUUUUCGCCCUCUCCUCUUCGUCCCUUCCUCUUUGUCUUUUUUGCUUUCUAUCUUCUCUUUUCUCCAUCUCUUUCUUCUUUAUUGUUUUGUCUACUCCUUGAUUCUCUCUUUCCCUUUCUUCUCCCUUUUUGAUUCCUCCUUUCUCCUCCUUGUCACUCUUUUUCCUCAUUUUCCUUUUAUUUCUCUUUCUCCUUUCCUUCUCCACCUUUUUCUCUUCUUCUUUAGCUUUAUAGACUCUUCUCUUCUCUUAUUUCCUUUUUUCUUUCCUCUUUUUUCUUUUACGAUUACUUCUUUCUCCUUUACUUUUCUUCCUUUUUAUCUUCAACUUUUUCUUUUUCCUGACCUUUCUCUGUCUCCUUUCCUUUCCCCUUUUCCUCUUCUUCUUUGGUUUAAUAGGCUUAUUUCUUUCUUAAAUUAUCUAUUGCGUGUUCCUUACUGUUCUUCUCCGUUCUUAUCAAACCGAUUCUUUUCCUAUUAUUUUUUCUCCCUUUUUUUCUUAUUCUUUUUCUUCGCUGACGUCAGGGAAUUUCUCAUUUACAUCCGUCUAUAUUGUUAUUUUAACUCCGUCAUUGUAUUUACAGUCGCUCAGUAG